UGUUGCCAAUCAUAACCCAUUGUAUCUCUAGUAGUACGCUCACUAUACUCAAAAAGUUAUAUAAAUUGAGAUAGAUGAACGGGAGGAAGAGACUGUAUUGACUCUGCACAACAAUUAAGAAACAGCAGCAAAUGUCUGUUUCAACCCCAAUUCUCUCUGAAUCCAAAACUGCCGAAUUAAAAUGCCCUCUAUCUCUCGAUGAUACAAUUGAACGGUACAUAGGAGCUUUUAGCUGGAACCAGCUCCUGCAAGCCGUUCUUGUAUCAGUUGCCUGGCUUUUUGAUGCUCAACAAUCAUUUAUAAGUGUCUUCACUGAUGCUGAGCCCACAUGGCACUGUACUCAGCUAGGGGACGAGUUUUGCAACCCAAUACUCUCCAACGCUUGUCAACUUCCCAGGAAUUCGUGGUCCUGGGAUUUUCCGGUAAACACUUCAAUCAUAUCAGAAUGGGGUCUUGAGUGUGCAAGUUUAUUUGUGAAAGGGCUACCAGCUUCGUCUUUCUUCAUGGGUUGCCUUGCGGGUGGAUUUAUUCUAUCCACUCUUGCUGACUCGUUUCUUGGUCGCAAAAACAUGCUCUUUUUCUCAUGUCUAAUGAUGUCUGUCUCUUGUCUACUUACCAUGCUCUCCACCAAUGUUUGGAUAUACUCAAUAUUGAGAUUUGUCAACGGCUUUGGCCGCGCAACUAUUGGAACAUGUGCAAUUGUUUUAUCAACCGAGCUUGUCGGGAAAAAAUGGCGUGGCCAGGUUGGUGCCCUUGGUUUCUUCUGCUUCACGCUAGGAUUUUUAUCCUUACCAGCCAUAGCAUAUAUAAAUAGAGGUUCUUCAUGGAGAACUCUCUAUUUAUGGACAUCUUUACCAGCACUUGUGUAUUGCAUACUUGUUCAUUUCUUUGUUCACGAGUCUCCCAGAUGGCUUUUCCUGCAAGGACGCACUGAGGAAGCCGUAUCGAUAAUAAGAAGUAUUGCAUCACCUAAUCUGAGUUGCUUAUCAAUGAAUUUGAGCAACGUUUUUUUCGAGCAAGAAGCAUGGAAUGUUGAUCUUUACUCAGUAAUCAAGGUUCUAUGGAAGAAAAGAUGGGCUCUUCGAAGGUUAUCAGCAAUAAUGGUGACUAGUUUUGGCAUUGGAAUGGUGUAUUAUGGCAUGCCAUUAAGCCUUGGAAACUUAUCAUUCAAUCUCUAUUUGAGUGUCAUCUUUAAUGCACUAUCAGAGGUACCAGCAUCGCUAAUCACAUUCUUCCUUGUAGGAAAACUGAACAGAAAAGGUUCCUUACUAUUCUUCACUAUCCUAAGUGGAAUUUGUAGCAUAAUGUGCGUCGUGACGGGCAAAAUAUGGACAACUCUACAAAUUGGAUUAGAGCUAGUUUCAUUCUUCAGCGCAGUCACUGCAUUUAGCUUAUUAUUCAUAUACACAUUAGAGUUGUUCCCAACAUGUGUACGAAACUCGGCUUUGUCAAUUGUGAGGCAAGCGAUUGUGUUGGGAGGUGUAAUCAGUCCAGUUCUAGUGGCCGCCGGGAGAGAACAUCAGUUUUUAACAUAUGGGAUAUUCGGAUUGGUGAUAGGGGUUUGUGGAUUGUCUGUGAUUGGUUUGCCGGAGACCAGAGGCAGAACACUUUCAGAUACAAUGGAUGAAGAAGAAUACAAAUUAAAAUCAGAGAGCUGCAGUUACGUCUAGAUCCACAAUUUAUUGCUUUGUUUUUUUUAUCAGUUUGCUACCCAAUUGUCACAUCCAACCUACGUGGCUCGAAUAUCUUGUGAUCGUUUACAUCUCUUUGAAUUGCAGAUCGAUCUGCUAUGGAUGUAGAGCAAAUAAAAAUUCUUGGAUGCAUUA